AUAACUUCUACUCUUUACAUGUUUCUCCUAUUACCUUAUUUUUCUUAACGGCUUGCCGCCAAAAAAAAGACAAAAUCAGCGUCUGAUUGAAGAUGCUGCUCUGGGUGUAUCUGCUCUACUGUGUGCUGCAUGAGAUUUCAGGAUGUUCUGUACCGAGAGGUAUGAGAGGACCCAUCACUAAGUCUGUGGGAGAUUCGGUGGUGCUGCCCUGCUCCUGUGAAGACCUGCAGCACAACCCAAACACACUGAUGUGGGGAUAUACAAAGAGGAUUGCAUUAGGCAACUACAAUGCUGAACAUUCAGUGUUUCCAGAGGACAGAGAACAGAGUCAGAGAUACAGAGGCAGAUUUCAGAGACUGACUCAGAAUCCUCCAGGAGAUUUAUCUCUAAUCAUCUCCCACCUCACUGAAGAAGAUGAAGGACUGUAUCUGUGUGGCAUCAACGGGAAAUACACCACUGCUGUCCCUCUUUAUAUCAGAGGCUGUUCUGUGAUAAAUGAUGGUGGGAACAGUCUCAUCAAAUCUCCAGGAGAGUCUGUGCUGCUGCCCUGCUUUUGUCCCGAAGAGAAGAAGAUCAAUCCUCAGAGAGUCACAUGGUUCUUCUCAAAGCCGGGGUCUGCAGAUAAGAUCUCAGUGUCUAAUGAGACUCAAUCCUACAGCGGCAGAGUUUGGAUGUUUGAUCAACCAAAAUCCAGGAAUUUCUCUUUUCUCAUCUCAGACCUGAAUAAAGACGACUCUGGAGAAUACCGGUGCAGAGCUGAUGAAAAAUACAGGCCAUAUGUCACACUAGAGGUCAAAGGCUGCACUCUGUCAGAGAAUAAACAGACAGUUCCAAUAAUCAGAUCAUCAGGAGAGUCUGUUCUUCUGUCCUGCUCCUGUACUGACCUGCAGGACAGUCCUGAAAGAGUACAGUGGAGAACACCAGACCAUGAAGAUCUCUUCUCUACUGAACUCCAUCAGAGAUACAGAGACAGAGUUCAGACGUUUAAGCAGAACUCUCCAGGAAACCUCUCUGUACUGAUCUCAGACCUGACUGUAGAGGAUGGAGGAACAUAUUCAUGCUGGAUAAACCAGAACCAGCACAGGACCUUCAGCCUCACUGUUAAAGACUGUACACUGUCAAACUCUCAGGAGAAUCAGAUUGUUGGAUACUCAAGAGGGUCUGUUCUCCUGUCCUGCUCCUGCACUGACCCACAGACCAGACCUGUUAGCAUAAAAUGGGAGCGUGUAGACUCAGGUGUGAUGGAAGUAUCCAAUAGAACGGGACGCUAUGCAGGAAGAAUCCACAUGUUUAAUGAGAAACAUCCAGCAAAUCUCUCUCUACUUCUCUCCAACCUGACCAAGCAAGACAACGGCACAUACAGAUGUACAAUCAACAAUGAAAAGUCCAUCUCAAUGAAGCUUACUGUUAAAGACUGUACACUGUCAAACUCUCAGGAGAAACUGAUUGUUGGAUACUCAGGAGAGUUUGUUCUGCUGUCCUGCUCCUGCACUGACCCACAGACCAGACCUGUUAGCAUAAAAUGGGAGCAUGUAGACUCAGAUGUGAUGGAAGUAUCCAAUAUAACGAGACGCUAUGCAGGAAGAAUCCACAUGUUUAACGAGAAACAUCCAGCAAAUCUCUCUCUACUUCUCUCCAACCUGACCGAGCAAGACGAGGGCCUGUACAGAUGUACAAUCAACAAUAAAACGUCCAUAUCAAUGAGGCUUAACGUUAAAGGCUGUACACUGUCAAACUCUCAGGAGAAUCAGAUUGUUAGAUACCCAGGAGAGUCUGUUCUCCUGCCCUGCUCCUGCACUGACCCACAGACCAGACCUGUUAGCAUAAAAUGGGAGCAUGUAGACUCAAAUGGGACGGAAGUAUCCAAUAUAACUGAACGCUAUGCAGGAAGAAUCCACAUGUUUAAUGAGAAACAUCCAGCAAAUCUCUCUCUACUUCUCUUCAACUUAACCAAGCAAGACAACGGCACGUACAGAUGUACAAUCAACAACGAAAAGUCCAUCUCAAUGAAGCUUAACGUUAAAGACUGUACACUGUCAAGCUCUCAGGAGACUCCGAUUGUUGGACAACCAGGUAAUACAACCUUUGAGAUGAACUGGACGUACUGGACGCCCAUCCUCAGCUGCGUGUUUCUGAUCCUGCUUUUACUGCUAGGAGCAGCUGCAUACAUCUUCUGCAAACACAGAAAAGGAAAAAGGAGAAGUGGAAAAGAAACAGAACAAAGAGGAAAUAAAGAGGACGAUAUUACAUACUCAUCUAUUGCACAUGGAAAGAAGGCGAAACCCCCAAACACUGAGGACAAUAUUACAUACGCAUCUAUUGCACAUGGAAAGAAGGCGAAGCCCCCAAAGACUGAAGACGAUGUCAUCUACUCUUCCGUAGUUCAUGAUAAAAAAGCAAAACCAACACAAAGACAGGCUGAGGAGGAUGUGACCUACGCGGACGUAGCUUUUCGUAGAAAGUCCAAGAAAGCAGAAAAGCAGAACAACGUGACCUUCUCAUCUGAAGCCUGCAAAUCAGAAAGAGACACUGAAGAGCCCACCGUUUAUGCCAGUGUGAAAACUACCAAGAAAUAAGUAAUACAUUAAAGAAACUAAUAACAAUAAUGUCAAUAGGGCUGAGAGGUUAAUCAAAUGAAUUUUUAUUAAUCGAAUGUAUGUUUCAAUGCUAUUUUUAAAAUAGGAUAAUGGAGAUUGUACAUCUUCACAUAUAUAAGCAGACAGAGGGCAUCUCAGUAGAUAUACAUUUGCUUCUGUCAGAAACCUGUAUAGCAGAGGUGGAAAAAGUACUGAAAAAUUGUAAUUAAGUAAAAGUAUCUUUACUUUGCUAAAAUUCUACUCAAGUAAAAGAAAAAGGAGCCAUCUAAAAAUCUACUCGAGUAAAAGUAAAAAAUUUAAUUUAAAAUGUACUUUGAGUAAAAGUUACACAGUUACUUUUAAUUAUUUGAUGUAAAAAAAAGUACAACAAAUCAUAAAUUAAAUUGUUUUUUUUUAAUGACCUAUUAUUCCACUUAAUAAUUUGGAUCUUUCAGGCAGUAUUUGUUCAGACCACCCCAUAAAACAUUUUCAAGAACAAGUGGCAUAGGUUUCUAUGAUCCAUUUUUUUCUUUACUGUUUAAAAAUUAGGGUCAUAUAGUUGACUGUAAAUCGUAUUUUUAUAGUUUUACUGUUCAUUAUUAUUUUUUAACUUGCCAUUGCUAUGCUUUAACUGCUAUUUACAUGAUUUUUUUUAACAUUCAAGCAGAUAGUUUAAUGUUCUCAAUAAAAACGUAAGGAAUUAUCAUUAAAAACAUAAAAUCGUACAAAAAAAUGUUGAUCGGCGAAUGCGCGGUGCCGUAAAAAAACACUUAUCGAUGGGUAGCAUAACUCGACAGAACACCGGUUCCCCCGAGCCGCGCACACAGACCUCAGGCCGCGCUGCUGUUUUACACAGCGUCCCUCCCGCUAACCAUAAUAAACAUUGCUAGAAAAAGUUCAGCUGCGCUGCCAACACAGCAAACAGAUUUCUCUCACCACCAAGGGAAACUCAAUUUGUGGACGCAGGUUGAAAACUGUGUGAAUACAUUAAAGAAACUAAUAAUAAUGUCAAUAGGGCUGAGAGGUUAAUCAAAUUAAUUAAUCGAUGAUUAAUCAAAUUACUGUUUUAAUGCGAUUUUCAAAAUAGGAUAAUGGAGAUUGUACAUCUUCACAUAUAUAAGCUGGCAGAGGGCAUCUCACUAGAGAGACAUUUGCUUCUUUCAGAAACCUGUAUAGUACUUUUAAUUUUUUUCUUUAUUCUUUUCUUUAACUAAAAUAUGGGGAGGCUUUGGUUGCACUGUGUUUAAUAUAAAAGCUGCAUGUAAG